ACGUCGUUUUUUGGGGUAUGUAGGAGAAUAGGCGAUGCAUGUAGUGUGUAUACAGUCGUGAACAUAUCCUUGGCCGCUUCUACGUAUUUACAUUGCGAUAGUGAACGGCACAGUGGGGUAUUCGUGCGUGGUGCCAGCUCGGAUAUCUACGCUAAUGCAACGGGUUAUGAGUACUUGCGUUCCGUCCACUGCGGGAUUGGCGACUAUGGUCAUGGGAGGCUAUUACUACGUGACGAUUGGCUUCCCGACGCGGACGAUCGUGGCGCUCAUGGCAAAGGCGUCCCAAGAACACCUCGUGUACCCCGCCGCCCUAACGGGAGGCACACUCGAGCAGCGAACAUGGGUCAUGCUACGAGCAGCGGCAGCUCAUGCGCCAAAGCGGCUGCAAAUGUGUGCCGCCCAGCGUCGUUUCGGUACGGUAUGCUCACAGCGGGCGCUCGAUUUGUCACAAAUUGACUCCUUCACGAUUGCUUCUCCUCAUCACUCCCUUCAUCCUGCUCCUCCCCCUCUUUCCCCUCAUCCCCACUCCCAUCAUUCGCAUCCGCAUCGAUCGCACCCUCAACUUCCAGCGUCCCAUUCUCCACAGCGUUCGCAAAGAGAUGCAGAAGUUCCGGAGGGAUCUGGGUGGCAGAAUCACGUUCGCCUAGUUCGAUGUCUGGUGUGAAUUCUGAGAAAUGAUAGUUGCAGUGAGUCAGUGAUCCGCCAGAUGUUUCGGGCAGAGCUGGAGAAUGAUGGCACUCACGCUUCAAAUACUCAACAACGUCAUCAAGUUCUUCGGCAUACGCCGUUUCGAUCGGCUACAAGCAAACCACCAGCCUGUAAGCAACCCAUCCACCAUCCCAGCAGCCAACACCCGCUAUCCAUUACCCCUCUCCCGGAACGCACCUUCUUCCCCUCGUCA